UCCCUCGUUGGGUACUCUGUUUCUCUUGAACAUAUCUUCAAAGACGUCUUUUCUCGUCGUUUCUCUCCGUCUCAGAUCAGUGGUAUUCCGGUGGAAUUACAGUCCGGUUUUCGGUUUUUCCGGGGAGAAUUCCGCCGUUAAGAGCAAUACCUCUUCGCCUUUCAAGAAACCACAAACGGUUUCGUUCCCGGAAUUAGGAACCGAUUUGUGAUACGACGUCGUUUUCUGCGGCUGUGAGAUUUUAAGUGGUCACGAAACGCAGCCAAAGGGGAAGAAGGAGCGAAGUUAGGGUUCCAUCGUUGAACUGUAAAUCCAGGGUCUUUUCUGGGUUUUGUUCUUUCUAAGUUCCGAGAUUUCAAGACUUCUUCUGCAGCCAUGGAAAUUCAGGAACAGUGUAGAAUGAUCCAUUCGAGUGGGGAAAAUGUGCUUUGUGAUGAGCCCAUUUCGUGUGCAAAGGCCUUCAACCUCAAGGCAAGAAAGCCAUACACCAUCACGAAACAGAGAGAGAAAUGGACAGAGGAGGAGCAUAUGAAGUUUGUAGACGCCUUGAAGCUGUACGGUCGAGCAUGGAGAUGCAUACAAGAACAUGUUGGAACAAAGACAGCUGUUCAGAUUCGAAGCCACGCUCAGAAGUUCUUUACCAAGGUUGCUCGUGAUUGCGGUGUUACCUCUGAUGAGUCCAUUGAAAUUCCGCCUCCACGGCCGAAGCGAAAGCCGGUUCAUCCUUAUCCUAGGAAGUUAAUACUCCCCACUUGUAAAACCAUCUCGGAGGGAUAUGGAUCGAAGUUGGUCUCUGAGGACGAAAACCAGUCUCCCACGUCAGUGUUAUCAGCUCUCGGGUCAGAGCCUUUGGGUUUCACGGGUUCAAGUUCGCCCAAUUCAUCUGCAGACGACCAUCUCUCUCUCGUAUUCCACGGGAAUGAAUCAUCUCAUACCGAGGAGUCAUCUCCCGAAUCAACUGUUCGAACCCUCAAGCUCUUUGGGACAACGGUUUUAGUCAAUGGUUCAGCUUAUGAUGUAAAAACGCUUGCACCGAUUCAUCCAUUGGCGAGGAAGGCGUCGGUCCCAGCAGCGAACGAUCUAGAAUCUCUUCGGAUAAAUGUAGAUACAACAGAUUUUCUCACGUCUCGCACAGUUCAUCGGGAAGGUGCUUCCUCAACUGGUUCGAAUGAUUCAGAAGAUACUGACAAGAAUUUGGAUUCUGAGACGCAGUCUCGUCGCUGUUCUUCAGGCAAUGCGGAGACAGAUGAAACCCGCUUUCCCGAGUUUAAACCGAGCGAGAGAUCCGCGUUUUCUCGGCCGAGGCCGAGGCCCGAGAUGAACAACUUCAUCGGGUCCAUGCCGUACAAGAAGAGAAGAGCCGUGGAAGACAGCAUAUAGGAACUGGACUUUCAUCUUCUGUUUUGUGGAACUGAAACAUGUUACAUGUAAAUCCUCUGAAUCUUUUUUGUUAAACUGUAUCUGUUGUACAUUGGCUUCUUCUGUGGCUUUGUGUAAGGAACCACGCACAUAUAUAUAUAUAGAGAGAGAGAGAGAGAGAGGUCCCUUUGGACCGGUUGUAUCAUAUUUUUUUUUCCGUGUAUUCUUUCAGUUUCAUAGUUCCAAAUUUUUUGGAGGAUAAUGGACCGUUACGUAAA